AACAACAACAACAGGAUCAACAGAAUGGUAUCACACGAAGAUCUCAGUUUGAUUAACAGCGACAAUUUUGAAGCUGACGGUCUUACUGCUCACCAGUUAUUUGGAUCGGGUGAUGGACUCACUUACAAUGAUUUCCUUGUUUUACCUGGCUACAUUGAUUUUUCCGCCGAUCAAGUACGAAUUACGACUCAGCUGACCAAGGGCAUUCAACUUAAUACUCCACUCGUUUCAUCGCCAAUGGACACAGUAACUGAGUCCGAUAUGGCUAUUGCUAUGGCUCUCUGCGGUGGAAUCGGUAUCAUUCACCAUAAUUGUACAGCCGAAUUUCAGUCCCAAGAAGUGGUCAAAGUAAAGAAAUAUAAACACGGUUUUAUUCGGGAUCCAGUCUGUCUAACGCCAACGCAUCUCGUACGUGAUGUACUCAAGGUGAAAAACGAAAAAGGCUUCACCGGAAUUCCGAUUACAGAUACUGGAAAAUUGGGCGGCAAAUUACUCGGUAUCGUGACAUCGCGUGAUAUUGAUUUCAAGAUGAAAGAAAUCAUGGACGAACCACUUGAAGGAUUGAUGACCAAUUUUGCAGAUUUGACCACUGCAUAUGAUGGUAUCUCUCUGGAAGACGCUGUCAAAGUAAUGGAAAAGACCAAGAAGGGUAAACUACCAAUCAUCGACAAAGAAGGUCACCUCAUUUCGCUCAUUUCACGUACGGACAUUAAGAAGCAACGGGAUUAUCCGUUAGCUUCGAAAGAUGCCAACGAUCAGCUGUUGGUAGGAGCUGCAAUCGGAACACGUGAUCACGACAAAGAACGUUUAGCUCGACUUGCUGAAGCCGGUGUCGAUGUUGUCGUUCUUGAUUCGUCCCAAGGAAAUUCCAUUUAUCAGAUUAACAUGAUCCAAUUUAUUAAAAAGACCUAUCCACAGAUUCAAGUCAUCGCUGGUAACGUGGUCUCACAAAAACAAGCUCAAAAUCUGAUCAAAGCUGGUGCCGAUGCUCUUCGUGUUGGUAUGGGUUCCGGUUCUAUCUGUAUCACACAAGAAGUGAUGGCCUGUGGCCGGCCACAAGCUACUGCCGUAUACAAAGUUUCCAACUAUGCACGAAAAUUUAACGUACCUACCAUUGCCGACGGUGGAAUUACCUCUGUUGGCCAUAUACUUAAAGCGUUGGCGUUGGGCGCCAGCGGUUGUAUGAUGGGAUCGAUGUUGGCCGGAACAACCGAAGCUCCCGGUGAAUAUUAUUACUCAAAUGGCGUUCGAGUCAAAAAGUAUCGAGGAAUGGGUUCAAUUGACGCCAUGGAAAGCAAAGAUGGUGAAGGUUCCCGUCAACGAUACUUUCAAAGUGACAAUGAAAAUGUUCGAGUCGCUCAAGGUGUUUCUGGUGCAAUAGUGGAUAAAGGGUCGAUCCACCGUUUUGUACCCUAUCUCGUAAAUGGAAUCCGUUAUGGCUGUCAAGAUAUGGGUGUUCGAAGCCUGGAACAAUUAAAAGAACAGAUGUACACUGGUGUACUUAAAUUUGAAAAACGUACAGCAUCCGCUCAGAUCGAAGGUGGCGUGCAUGGAUUAUACUCAUUUGAAAAGAAACUUUUCUAAUUUUUCUCAUAAUCUAUACUACCGCACAUAUUAUUAUGUAUGGAUUGUUGUUGUUUGCAUUUUCAAUAAUAAAAACUCACUUGAUGAUUUAUUAGUACAAAAAAUAAAAAUAAAUACUCGAUAUAUCUGUUUUA